UCCUAAUCCUAUAGCUUGUCUCGAGCUUAUCAAUUGUCUUCUUUUGUCUACUUACCACUCUCUCUCUCUCUCUAGAUCUUUCCCGUCUUAACAAAACAAGAUCGCCUUCUUCUACCGCUUCACAGGAUGAGUAACCAAGCUGAAUCCUCCGAUUCGAAAGGGUCGAAGAAGGAUUUCUCAACCGCGAUUUUGGACAGGAAGAAGUCGCCAAAUCGUCUUGUAGUCGACGAAGCCGUUAAUGAUGAUAACUCAGUGGUUGCCAUGCACCCUAAUACCAUGGAGAAGCUGCAGCUUUUCCGCGGGGACACGAUCCUUAUCAAGGGGAAGAAAAGAAAGGAUACCGUUUGUAUUGCCCUUGCUGAUGAGACUUGCGAGGAACCAAAGAUUCGGAUGAACAAAGUUGUGAGAUCAAAUCUAAAAGUUCGUCUUGGUGAUAUUGUUUCUGUUCACCAGUGUCCAGAUGUUAAGUAUGGGACGCGUGUCCACAUACUACCAAUAGAUGAUACCAUUGAAGGCCUAACUGGUGAUUUGUUUGAUGUAUACCUAAAACCAUAUUUUGUGGAGGCAUACCGUCCAGUAAGGAAAGGUGACCAUUUCCUUGUUAGAGGAGGCAUGAGGAGUGUGGAGUUCAAAGUUAUCGAGACUGAUCCUGGAGAAUACUGUGUGGUUGCUCCUGACACAGAAAUCUUUUGCGAGGGGGAGCCUAUUAGGAGGGAGGAUGAGGACAGAUUGGAUGAGGUGGGUUAUGAUGAUGUUGGUGGUGUUAGGAAGCAGAUGGCUCAAAUCCGUGAAUUAGUGGAAUUGCCUUUAAGGCAUCCACAACUCUUCAAAUCCAUAGGUGUGAAACCUCCAAAAGGGAUACUACUUUUUGGACCGCCUGGCUCUGGAAAGACUUUAAUAGCUAGGGCUGUUGCAAACGAGACGGGUGCAUUCUUCUUUUUAAUCAAUGGACCAGAAAUUAUGUCCAAAUUGGCUGGAGAGAGUGAAAGCAACUUGAGGAAGGCGUUUGAGGAAGCUGAGAAAAAUGCACCAUCAAUCAUUUUCAUUGAUGAGAUUGAUUCGAUUGCCCCCAAAAGAGAAAAGACUCACGGUGAAGUUGAGAGAAGGAUUGUUUCACAAUUGUUGACUCUCAUGGAUGGUUUGAAGUCGCGGGCCCAUGUUAUUGUAAUGGGGGCCACAAACAGGCCAAACAGUAUUGAUCCUGCAUUGAGAAGGUUUGGUAGGUUUGAUAGGGAAAUAGAUAUUGGUGUUCCAGAUGAAGUUGGGCGUUUGGAAGUUCUUCGAAUUCACACCAAAAACAUGAAGCUUUCUGAUGAGGUUGAUCUUGAGAGGAUUGGUAAAGAUACUCAUGGUUAUGUUGGUGCUGAUCUUGCUGCUCUUUGUACUGAAGCUGCACUUCAAUGUAUCAGAGAGAAGAUGGAUGUUAUUGACCUAGAUGAUGAAACAAUAGAUGCUGAGAUUCUGAAUUCUAUGGCAGUGACAAACGAUCACUUUCAGACUGCUCUUGGAAUCAGCAAUCCAUCUGCUUUGCGUGAAACUGUUGUUGAAGUGCCCAAUGUCUCCUGGGAGGACAUUGGAGGGCUCGAGAACGUUAAGAGGGAGCUUCAAGAGACUGUUCAAUAUCCAGUGGAGCAUCCAGAGAAGUUUGAAAAAUUCGGCAUGUCGCCAUCAAAGGGUGUCCUAUUCUAUGGUCCUCCCGGGUGUGGGAAAACUUUAUUGGCCAAGGCCAUUGCAAAUGAGUGCCAGGCCAAUUUCAUCAGUGUUAAAGGACCUGAGCUUCUUACUAUGUGGUUUGGUGAGAGUGAGGCCAAUGUUCGAGAAAUUUUCGACAAGGCCAGACAAUCUGCACCUUGUGUUCUGUUCUUUGAUGAACUCGAUUCAAUCGCUACUCAGAGGGGAAGUAGUGGUGGGGAUGCUGGCGGUGCUGCUGAUCGAGUUCUAAACCAACUUCUUACUGAAAUGGAUGGCAUGAAUGCAAAAAAGACUGUCUUCAUAAUCGGGGCCACUAACAGACCUGAUAUAAUUGAUCCUGCACUUCUUAGGCCGGGCCGUCUCGAUCAACUAAUAUACAUUCCUCUGCCUGAUGAGGACUCGAGGCAUAAUAUUUUUAAAGCCUGCUUAAGGAAAUCUCCCAUUUCCAAAGAUGUUGAGUUAAGGGCUCUUGCCAAGUAUACUCAAGGCUUUAGCGGUGCUGACAUCACUGAGAUAUGCCAGCGUGCUUGCAAGUAUGCCAUUAGAGAGAACAUUGAGAAAGACAUAGAGAAGGAGAGGAAAAAGAGAGAUAAUCCAGACUCAAUGGACGAGGACAAUGACGACGAAGUAUCAGAGAUAAAGGCGUUUCAUUUUGAGGAGUCGAUGAAGUAUGCUCGGAGGAGUGUGAGCGAUGCAGACAUAAGGAAGUACCAGGCAUUUGCUCAGACCUUGCAGCAGUCGCGUGGUUUUGGAACCGAGUUUAGGUUCCCUGAGACAACAACAACGGAGGCUAGAUCAGGUUCCGGAGCUGAUCCAUUUGCUACCACCUCUACUGCGGGGGCUGAAGAUGAUGAUCUCUACAGUUAGGUUAUAAGCAAAGAGGCUCCUUUCGUUUUGUUUUCGUGUCUUUCUGCAUGAAUUUAAACCGUAACUAUCUUCAGAUUGUUCUGUCAUGUAAUAGGUAAAACUGUAAAAGCUCAGUCUAUUUUUAUUUUGACCCAAACCUUCCACAAAACUUUUGGUAACAUGGAAUAUGUGAUGCACGACAGUAUAUGACUUUCAACUUUUUUUUAAUCUUAUAACUUGAUGUUUUGUAAUCA